AAUCUAAUAGGAAACAUGUUUUUUUUCUCUGCUCUUAUUAAAACUUAUUAAACAAUAAAAAUAUUUUAAUAAUGUGAUAUUGUGCCAAUUACUCUAGAUAAUAAUGUACAUUGUGUCAUUGAAGUUAUACAUCUUCGAAUAGUUCUUUUAAAAGAUUCUUUUAAAAGAACGUGAUGUAUUGUGAUAAAAUUAAUAAUACCAGGAGUAUUUAGAAGAUUAUUUUUAAUAAAUAAUAAUACCUUGUACACUGAGAAAAAUAGUAUGAACUAGUUAAUAAAAAUAUUGACUAGUUAAAGUAUUAAUUUUGCCAUAUUAAAAAAAAGGUAUUUUUAGUCAUGCAAGGAAGUGACAUUUCGUACCUCCUCACCGGAGCAAUUUUCUACAUUUUCGGACUAAUCUGGUGCUUCGAAUACGCAAUUUUCUGUUCACCAGGCAGACCAACAACACUCGACAGUCGUGGUGGUCCAUCAAGAAAAAAUGGAGGUUUCCGAAAAAUAUUAUCCCGCUAUCCACUGGAGGGUGGAUUAAAAUUAAUUGCCACCGUAAUUGGUCUCACUGGUACACUAACAUAUUCACCAAAUAAUGGAAUUAUUUCAGCCAAAGUUAGAUACGCAACGAUAUAUCUUUUCUUUGCAUUCUCCGGUCUAGUCGAUGUAUUUAAUUUCUAUUUUCCCCACAAUUUUAGUAUUGGUCUAGUUAAAAUGGGUCUUGCUCAAAGUUUUUUCGUCGAGGGUUUCCUCUUUCUUUGGGCGAAUAUCGGCGAUAAUUCAAUGGUCGAUGCAAUUCUCGCUGGAAUUGUUUGGAUGUCGGCAUUGUCGGUGACAUUGGAAAUAAUUUGGCCUGAAGUGAAAUUAUUAACGGGUGUAACAACUUUAUUGCAUGGUGCUUGGAUUGCGCACAUGGUGCGUAGUCAUGGGACAAAUUAUUUAACAUCCGAAGAGAUUGCCGUGAAUUUUUCAUGGCAUAUUGCCGUGGCAUCGACAGUGACACUUUGUAUUGUUGGAAUAACGCGAUGCUCGACUUUUCGUUCGUCGCGUGAAAUUCCACCGGAAAUUCCAAUUUAUGAUUACUGCCAAGAACCGGGUCGACCUUAAUUUGUCAGUUUAAAAGUUACAGGAAUGUUGGAAAAUAAGUCUUCCGCGCAAAUAAGAAAUAUAGUUUUGCAUGAUUAUUAAAAAAAAGAUUGAAAUUCAGAUCGAAGGGAGGAAUAUUUUAAUUAAAUUUUUGUUUUGAAAUAAAAUUUUAAUUUAAAUAUUAGUAUUAAAAUUCUUUUUAAAAAGAAUUGAAAAGG